AUGAUACACUUGUCCAUUCAUAUCUUGGUGUUAUCGUUUCAAAUGGACACGCAGUUAAAAGGCUUCAAACUCCGAGGAACACGUUCAUCUCCGGUAGACAUUUUUGGUGAACCUCCAUCAUCAGGUCCAAUAGAUUCAGAAGCUAGUAAUCAUGAAUCCGCAAGUCCAGAAACUCAACUUUCAUCCUCUCCUCAAGAAUCUGAACAAUUAUGUAAAUUAACACACAUCGGUAAACAAGGCGAGGCACAGAUGGUGGAUGUCUCUCUAAGGGGAUCCACCAAGAGAACUGACAUUGCUAGCUGCAAAGUGUUAUUGGGAAAGACGGUGUUUGAUUUGGUCUCAGCAAAUCAGUUAGCCAAGGGAGAUGUUCUUGGUGUGGCAAAAAUUGCAGGAUUAAUUGGGGCAAAGCAGACAAGCAACCUCAUCCCUCUUUGCCAUAACAUUAACCUGUCACUUUUUGUGGUCAUCAUUGAGAAAAUAUUGAACAAAGAAAUCGAGUUACUGGAGAAUAUUGUCUUUCUUAGUUCAACUUUUUACAAUUAUUGGCGCACCAGACAGUAUCAUUGGUAUGAGAGACUUGAUUGUGAGAUUGUAACUGCUGAUGUUUACCUUCAAUAUGAGAAAAGGUGA